AUGUCUGAUCCUCGUCGUGUUUCGUUAUUUAACCGUUGGCAACAAAAACAGACAUCUGUUGUGACUGGUUUGGAGGGAAUUAGCGAGGAAGAAAUAAUUGAAUACAAAGAAGCUUUCCGACUAUUUGAUAAGGACGGAAACGGUUCCAUUUCGUCUAAAGAACUCGGCGUUGCUAUGAGAUCGCUGGGACAGAAUCCUACAGAACAAGAGCUGCUUGAUAUGGUCAACGAAGUGGACAUUGACGGCAGUGGAACUAUUGAUUUUCCAGAAUUUUGUCAAAUGAUGAAACGGAUGAACAAGGAAAAUGACAGCGAAAUGAUUCGCGAAGCUUUCCGUGUUUUUGAUCGAGAUGGAAAUGGCUAUAUAACGGCCGAAGAAUUUCGAUAUUUUAUGACACACAUGGGUGAACAGUACAGUGACCAAGAAGUCGAUGAGAUCAUCGCAGAAGUUGAUAUUGAUGGUGACGGACAGAUCGAUUACGAAGAAUUCGUCAAAAUGAUGACAAUGCCUUGA